CAUCCAAUUUUCUAUCUCGCGUCUAUACUUGCAGCGGCCUUGCUGUCGGUCGAGCCGUUAGGAAAAGUUGUCGAAACUCACACCGGAGGACUUCGCCGUUUCCCGCCGCAGUCCUCACACUCGAAAUCUCUUUGGGCUUGUCAUUCACGUGGUCCAGUGAUAGAGCUAUUCCGUUACAAAGAAUUGUGCAAAUCUAACUGAAACAGGAUGUCAACUGGUCCAGGCCUCGAGUCUCUUGUAGACCAGACAAUAUCAGUGAUAACAAAUGAUGGGCGCAAUAUCGUGGGAAUCUUGAAAGGCUUUGAUCAAGCAACAAAUAUCAUUCUUGAUGAAUCCCAUGAACGGGUUUACUCCACUAAGGAAGGCGUCCAACAACUUGUUCUAGGGUUGUAUAUCAUCAGAGGAGAUAACAUAAGCGUGGUUGGAGAACUAGAUGAAGAACUAGACGCUAAUCUAGAUUUGUCUAAACUGAGGGCUCACCCUCUCAAGCCUGUCAUUCAUUGAAGCCAAAGCCAAGUUAGUAAUGGAAUGUUUGUUGGAUUCAUUUCUUCUUUAUAUGGAUCAAUUAUGUAUUUACAAUUAAUCCUUGAUGUUUUUUAGUUACCAGAAAGUUGAGCUUAAGUAGACUUUAGAGGUCUGCAAUUUUUUUUUUUUUGUGGGGUGCCGGUGGGUUUAUCACUUAAUUCUCAUGUGUUUACAUAUCU